CCGGGGAGUUUCAGGUAAACAAUGACAAUGAUAAAUGUCAAAUGGAGAACUUCUAGUCUGAGCUUCUAGUGUCCUGAUUGAUUUCUUAAGAUAAUGUCAAAUGCAAGUGAUACAGAUUCAGAAGAUGCAGAGUGCUUCCUGUCUGUGCAAGAACUUAAAAAUUGGAAGAUAACUGAUCUGAGAGAAUGGCUUCGAGCAAAAAAUUUGAAAAUAAGUGGAACCAAGGAGACUCUUGUAAACAGGGUAUAUAGAGCAUUGACAUCUGGUCAAGAAUCUGGUGAAGAUGAUGGGAUAGAUGCAGUCACAUGUAAUAUUCAGGAUUUUGAAUUACUCAAAGAUGAUUGGAAAAAAAUAGACACAUGUGAUAUUCCACCUCUACAAGUAAAGGAUGUAGAUAACUACUUUCACUAUCAAAAGAAUCCUACAACUGGGACUAGAAUAAGUUUUGAUAAACACAUGAUUAAAGCAAAAAGAUUUUGCAAUGAAAAUUUUAUUUAUGAUAUAUUUUAUAAUAAAAUAGAUGUGGACAGUGAUCAUUGUUAUUUUAAGGCCAAUUGCCUGCCAUCAAUGAGACUAAAGGUUCAGGUUGGAAAUUCAGGCCAAAUGUCUACCUUUUACUCAUUACAUGUGUGUCUUUCAAAAAAGACAGGGUAUAUUUUAUCUGGACAUUGCAAUUGCAAGGCAGGUGAUGCUGGUUUUUGUGCACAUGUUGGUGCUCUUUUAUAUACAUUAGAGAAAACAAAAAAUUCAUGUACCAGUGAUGCUUGUCAGUGGGAUCGUCCCAGACCUAUAGCAAGAAAACCAAGUCCAAAAAGAGUCAAAGAUAUAACAUUUGCAAAAACCGAUAAAGAUAAAACUGAUAAAGUAAAACCAUAUCCAGGAGCAUAUAAACCAAGUUCUUGUGACAAUGAUGAAAACGAGUUCUUAAGUGAAAUAUUAGAUGGACUUAAGGAUAUUUAUCCCACCUGUGUUUUAUAUAAAACCUUAAGGACAGAAUGCUCAAUUGAUAAAUUUUUAGAUACAUACAAUCCUCAAUUUGUGUACCGUGAUAAAGUUGACUUAAAGUAUGAAACUUGUAAAAAUGUUUUCUCAACAUUUUUAAAUGAUAUGGUUAUCACCAUGGAUACAUCAAAACAGUUAGAAUUGUCAACAAGAGGUCAACACAUCAAUAUUAACUGGAUGAAAGCCAGAUCAAAAUUAUUAACUGCCUUUGUAUUUGGAGAUGUUUGCAAAAGGAUAACUGACAAACCAGACUGUUUAUUCGCCGUAUUCUAA